AAUAGCCUAAGAAUUCCAAAGGGGACUGUGGCUCCGCAGAGACAGAGGUUUGAUAAAGAAGAAGACCAGAGUCGGCUUCUUAUCUGUAUUGUCAUAUAAAUAACGAUCAUUUUAGUGGCAUUGUUCUUGACUGCAACAUGGGGAGACCUGACACGGGGCUGUCUGCGCGCGUCCACGCAAAUGUGUGGCUACUGUAAUGCCUUUGAUGUGCAAUGCUUGGGAGGAAGAAGAGCGCCCAAAGCAAGCUGUUGACUCGCUGGCGCCGAAGCCCACCGGGGUCUCCCAGACACGUCAAUGCAAGAACAUGAUGGCUGGCUUGAAGACAAGUAAGUUACAAAAGGGGCCAAUGUGCGACUCGAUAUCCUCUAAUUAAACUAAUGCAGCAGAUUGAUGACAUAAAGUCGUAUUCAUUUCUACUCAAUUUAUACUGAAAGGUUCAGUAGAAAAUCUAGAUAUUUUAGUGUACACGUUACUUAAAUGACAGUCAAUUCAAAAUCAGUUAAGGAGUGAAAAUGGAAACGUUUUGACUAUAAUGGUGUCGGGUGAGAUGACUGUGAGUGGUAAAAUGCAGAGAACACAUUUCGCGUGCAUGACAAUAAAGAUGAUUCCUCUAGUACAAUAUAAUAAUCGCAAUGUUUUGCGGUUGCAUAAAAAGGUACUUGGUUUAUGGAUGAGCAUUGUCUGGCUCAUGCACCCGAAGUAGGCCUGCUUGAAGCAGCCCUCAUUCUCCUGCCAUGUAUACAUUUGAUUCUCAGUUGUUUAAUUAACGAUUUGAAGUUAUAUACUGUAUGUGCUUUUGUCAUUGAAUAGUUCGAUAAAUGUUUGAAAUAUGUGAUGUUCAGACUAUUCCGCGUAGCUGUUUUUGCAGCCGGAUCCCUCAGUUUCAGUCAGAUGCUGACGAAUGUAUGAGCUCGGGGUGUGGGGUAGGAGGGUUUUUUUUGUUUUUUGUUUUUUUACAGACUCGGCGGCGCCAGGUCUUCACACACUCACAGGAUAUGUAAAGACUUCAAUAACGAGCCAUUAACCUCUAAUCAUGUGAAUCGAUCGGUCCUUAACAAGGCCCCAUACAUAUGCAAAUGAUGGCGCCGGCCCACUCCCAUAAAGACCGAGAGAGUCGCUACCGCACACUUCUUCUGGAAUGAACAAGUCACAGACCAAAACUGAGAACAUGGUGAAGUAUUUCUCUGUGGAUUGGCUUGCCCGGAGCCACCGCGACACGCCGCCAGAGGAAAACCGGGGGACUCCGAUGGAGUGUGCGGCCAGCUGCAGACCGCACGUCCCCUGUGUGGUGCAGCCGAGCCCGCCGGCGUUUGGCAAAAGUUACCUGCAGCCCAAAUUCAAGUCGUCGCAAUCCACGGAGACCUCCCCUUCGCAUUCCACACGCUGCACAUCACCAACUUCCGAAUCGAACGACUACUCCUCUGGCUAUGACAGUGAAGCGGCUUCAUCGGAGUGUCUGUCAGUGGACGAGGCCAGCGAGGCGGAGAAAGAGGGAUCCCAGCGCAGGGUGCGCACUAAAUUCACCCCCGAGCAGAUCAGCAGACUGUUGAAGAUUUUCGACAAGCACAAGUACCUGGAGGCUGGCGAGAGGGGCAAGACCGCGCGCAAACUGGGCCUGACUGAAACACAGGUGAGGACCUGGUUUCAGAACCGCAGGAUGAAGCUCAAACGGGAGGUGCAGGACCUUACUCCCCAAAUCCAGCCACUUGUGUUCCAACACCUGCACCCGAUUCAGUACCAUGCCAUGGCUGGACAACAAAGCCACUACCCCUCCACCGUUUACACCGUUCCGGUUCAGCCGCAUUUGGGCCCUCACUGUCACCGAGGAUCCCAGCUCAUGAUCCACAACCCAUAUUUCUACUGAAAACUGCUCAAGAAGAGGCUUCCCACUCAAACACUUAAAUCUUGAUUAAUUAUUGUAUUUGAUGCAAGUGCUGUAUAUACUGCUGAAAUUGUUUUUAAAUUAAAAUUUAACCUUGGAAAGCAGCAAUAGACUCCCAUCUACUUUUCAGAGGGUAGAUUCCUGUCUUUUUCUACAUUAAAAAUUAUUUCCAUUAUUUCAUGAUGAUUUGUUACAUAUUUUCUUGAGAUGGUGAUGUUUGACUUUUUUGUUGUUAUAAAUUAUCAUCGAAAUGACACAUAAAUAUAAAACACACGCAAGAUUUCA